UUCUUUGGCAUCUGGGAAUGAGACAUGUUGAUUGUGGCCUGUGCUUGUAUCUAAGUAUCCUUCACACUAAUCCAGGAGAGGCAAAGAAGGAUAAGUAAAUCCUCUUCUGAAUGUUUUUACCAUAAGAAAAACUAUUAUUUGUCUUUCCCGUAGACAAGACAAGAACAUGGAUCCUUCAGCUGCCUAUGAUUUGCUGGUGGACGGUGUCCAGGACUGGGAUCUUAUUGGUGACUCUGUUCCUUGUGAGCUGCUGCUCAUUGGCGAGACUGCCUUCCCAGUGCUGGUGAACCCCCAGGGGCAGGUCCUGAUCGCCGCCUCACAGUAUGGGAAGGGCCGGAUGGUGGUCGUCUCUCAUGAGAGCUACCUGGGGAGCCCCAAGAUGGCUCGGUUCCUACGCAAUGCUGUGGAUUGGCUCAGUCCCUCCCCAGGAGCAGUGGUUGGUGUCCAGAAGAGCUUGAGUUCCCUGCUGAGUAUUCUCAGUAGUUCUGGCACCCGAGUGCAGCCCAGUGAGGAGUUCAUUGCCUCAUUUGGGGUUUACUGUAUGGAUGCCUAUGAUGCUGCACAGGGGAGGGAGCUGAUCCAGUUUGUGAAGAGAGGAGGGGGUCUGCUCAUUGGAGGUCAGGCUUGGCACUGGGCCUCUGGACACAGCACAGAGAGAGUGCUGUUCGAUUUCCCUGGGAAUCAUGUAACCAGCGUGGCAGGAGUUCAUUUCACGGAUAUAUAUGGUGAGACGGGGACCUUCAGCAUCUCAGACAAAGUGCCUGCAAUUCCCUUGAUCGCUCCGCAUGGGCUAGAUUUCAGCAGAGACUUAAACCUUCUCCUAAGAGGUGUGUCAGAGCUAGACAUAGUGACAGAUGGUGUCCCCUCUCACCUGCUGGUCCAUGGCACAUUGGCCUUCCCCCUUGGCUUGGACAACGCCUAUCAAUGCUUUCUUGCAGCAUCUCACUAUGGCCAGGGUCGUGUGGUGGUGGCUACACAUGAGGUCCUUCUUAGCACCCCGAAGCUCACAGACUUCAUCCUCAAUGCCAUUCAAUGGCUGGGUGCUGAAAAGAAAGGGAGAAUUGGCAUCAAUCCCAAUCUGAAGGCCCUUCAUGACCUGCUGACUCAAAGGCAGGUGGUAUGUGAGAUUUCAGAGCUUACCGACAAUCUCAGCAUCUACUGCUGCCAGUCCUACAGUGACAACGAAGCCAAGAAGAUCCAUGAAUUUGUGGCAGAAGGAGGGGGCCUGCUGAUUGGAGGUCAGGCUUGGUGGUGGGCUUCUCAGAAUAAGGGCCAAAACGUUCUGGCUGAAUAUCCUGGCAACAAAAUCCUCAAUGGAUUCGGGAUCAGCAUCCUGGGGGAAACCAUGGAGGUAGGCAAGUACCCAGCAUUACGACCCGAAGAGCAGCAGGGACAUUACCACUUCCGCAGGGCACUCGCUCAGUUCCAGCAGCACCUAGACAAGAAGGAGGAACUGCAGCCCCCAGUGACAGGCUGGCUUCAGAAACUCAGCCAGGACUGCGCCAAAGUCCUUCAGAUCCCAGUCAAAAAUGGCCACGUCUACACCUCAUUGUACCACAUCCUGUACGAGAUGGUGCAGAGCAAUGGGAUCCCACUGGUGAGCAAGGAACACCCAGUCAAGAGGCACUCCAAGGAGGUCGUGCUGCUUCAUGUGGCUACAGCAUUAUGCCAAACCAUGUCCGACUGUGCGAGGCUAGCACUCUGUGAACUCCCCACAGUCCCUAGCAUCACUGUGGAAAUCAACUGCACAAACACAGGUGAUGCAGCAUGGAGGAGCACAGGACUUUACCUUCAGCGUGGGAACACAGUGACCUUUGUAUUUCCUAGUGCUGCUACUGGAGUUGGCCUGCAGGUGAAGCUUCCAAGGGCCCCAAGUGAAAUCAGUUAUACCCAACUGACACGGAACCAAAUCAUCACAGGAUUUGUGCACUUCAUCUCUCUCGUCCAUAUUGAUGCAGGAAAGACAUCUAAGAGCCAGUGGCUGACCUGCAUCCGUCACUAUCCAGCUCCAUGGGCAGAACUAGCUACCCAGAACAUCAUCUUAACGGUGCCUGCUGACAGCAUCCGUCCCACAGACGAUCCAGAGCCUUUGCUGACUCUCUGGGAGCGCAUUAUGGCAGCUGUAGCUGAGCUGGCAGCUACACCAGCCACGUUCCCUCGGCCAGAAAGGAUUGUAGCGGAUGUUCAGAUCUCAGCCGGCUGGAUGCACGCUGGCUACCCAAUCAUGUGUAAUUUGGAUUCAGUGAAGGAGUUGGUGAACAUGGAACACAUGCAAGAGAAUGGCCUUUGGGGUCCCAUCCAUGAGCUGGGACACAACCAGCAGCGGGCAGGCUGGGAAUUCCCCCCUCACACUACUGAGGCCACCUGCAACCUGUGGUCUGUCUAUGUGCAUGAGAAGGUGCUGGGGAUCUCCAGGGACAGAGCCCAUGAAGAGCUACAGCUGCAGCAUCGCAAUAAAAGAAUCAGCGAUUACCUUGGCAAAGGAGCCCAGCUAAAGGACUGGAAUCUCUGGACUGCACUGGAGACCUACCUGCAGCUGCAGGAAGCCUUUGGCUGGGAACCUUUCAUCCAACUCUUCUCUGAAUACCAGACAAUGUCUAACAUCCCCACAGACAACCCUUCCAAGAUGAACCUGUGGGCAGAGAAGUUCUCUCGGCAGGUGAAGAAGAAUCUGGCCCCUUUCUUUGUGGCUUGGGGCUGGCCUAUCAAGGGGGAAGUCUCUAAGAAGUUGGCAUCUCUGCCCAACUGGGAUAAGAACCCAAUGAAGAAAGUGUGAUGCUUUAUUCACAUGGAAUGGUGGCUGUAAUUUUUAGAGAUAAUUCAGAGUCACUUGUCUUUCCUGUAAGGCUAGAUUCAAAUCUGUUUGGUGCGAGUUUAUUAAUUAUCUGUUUCAUACUUGUUGGUAUUUCUGAAGUAAGUUGCCUUUGCCAUGUGAAGCAAACGUCUUCCGUGAUCUGAAUUUUCUGUUCCUUUCUCUGGGCCAGCUUCUGCUAACUUUGUUCUCAUGGAGUAGCAUCUUACUCUGAAAAGACCCAUUGAUUUUAGUAGGGCUACUUGUGGAUAAAUACCUUACUCUAUGAGUAGUCCUAUUACUCCAUAUGAGUCAGGAAAAUAAACCAAAGAUAUGCACAGCACUGAUUGCCUGCCAGGCUAGAUUAGUAAAUUACCUUCUACUAUUUUCAUAACACAUUUCAUAUUUUGGGGUUUAGCUCAGUCACUCCUAGCUAUAAUCUGUAGCGAACUCUUGGGAAAAUAUCACCUGGCCCUGAGUUACUGUGAUUUAUCAAUUUGUUUCAAUCUUACUUUUUUUUUUGAUACCUCCGUAUCUGACAAUGCCUCAUCUUGAUUGCCUGUAUAGAGCAGGUAUCUGCCCAUGUGCCUUCUGAUGAAAACUGAUGAAAAGAAGUUGCUGAGGAUUUCCCACACCCUUUCUUGUGAUAGAUACCACGCUGAGAUGUCUAAAUGUCCCUACUGAUGGAGCUCCCACCUCUUCCCUUUUGAAGACCAUUCCACAGUCUAAAAAAUCCCUCCCUGUGAAGAGAUGUUUCUUGAUAUCCCGUAUAAAGUUCACCUCUGCAUCUUUUGCUCAGUUGCACAUUCAUCAGAUUAACCUGGAGCAUCCAUAUUAUUCCAGUUCUGGGUCAACCUACAUUUCUCCCACUGCAGUUCGUUCCUGUCCAUCAGUGGUAGGGGCCUGAGUUCUCUCCCUUUGCUGUCCAUUUGUAUGUCCAUCAGCAGCACUUGCUACUUCAGUCCUGGGUUCCAACAAAAUGUUGCUAAUACCGCAAAUUGUAACUUUCAGAAAUUCUUGAAAUUCCCUUUGAGGCUCUAAUACAGGUUGAACAAUACACCACAAUUCUGAUAUACCACUUCCUUGCGAUUUUAAUUCCAUGAGCUCCCCACAGCUCUGCUGCUGUCCCUCAGUCUUGGUCUGCUCUGCUCCCUUCCAUGUCAGUCCUGGGAUUCCUCCUACACAUCUGCCAAAGCACCUCAACAUUACCAUGAGCACAGGGCCGGCCCUAGACUAAAUGGUGCCCCAGGAGAGGAGCAUCUUCAGCGCCACCCCCUGCAUUUGUUAAACUUUUGAAUACUUUAUUUUUAUUGCAUUUGUAACCCAUUUCAUGACUUCGAUGCAUGAUUUGCACACAUGGUUUAUCCCUGUCAUUUAAGAUGAUAAAUUUGCACUCUAGGAUCUGUAAAUCUAUAUUUAUCCGUGCCAUAUGUAAAUGUCCUUUAUUAGUUGCUACUUAUACUCUUCGAGUCUUAAUACACAAGUAUACUUUCACAAUUAUACAAUAAAAUAAG